AUGACUCAAAAUACAGGUACCGUUGAUACAAUAAAUAAGAAACCUGUGGUAGCAACUAAAAGUCCGAUGAAAUCAGCACCUUCAGUUAACACACCGGCUGCUGCUACUAGUACUGCUUCUAAGACUAUUCCUACUACUACCACUGCACCCACAACUACAAUUAAUCCGACGACCAACAGUAAUACUAGUAUUCAAAACAAUACAGAUACAAAUACUAGUAAUAAUAGUAGUGCUAUUACAGCAAACGCUAAAGGAAUAUCAAAUGCAGUUGCAACGACCUCAAAUGCAGUACAAAAGCAACAACAACAUCCUCCACAACAGCAACCCUCCCAACAACAACAGCAAAGUGCUGCUAAUCAGAGUAAUCAACAACCGGGCGCUGAUAUAAAGAGAUUAUUAUUAGAAUAUAUUAAUAAAAAAGGGUACCAUAGAAUGGAGGCAAUGUUGAGAGUAGAAAGUUCAAGAACUUUUACUCCUAAAAAUGUAAACUCACCACAAUUACCAAAAUAUUCAGAUUUCCAAACCCCUAACGAAUUGUUAAAUAAAAAAGUAUUUAAACCUAUAAGCAAUCCAAUAUCAACGGUUCCUGCUAAAAGAAACAGCAGUGGUGACCUAAUACAACAAAAACAACAACAACCAAAUGAGCAUGAACAAAAGAGAAGUAUUGUUGAAAUUAAUGAAAGAACACUGACGCGAUCAUACGCUUUAUUGAAGUCAUGGAUUGAUAGAAAUUUAUCAAUUUAUCAAGAACAUCUCAAGAACAUCAUAUUAUUCCCUAUUUUCAUUCAUACAUAUAUCAAGAUGAAGAAAUUGGUUAAAACAAAUACAAUUUCAUCUUCUAGAUGUGAAGCUUUCUAUUCUAAAUAUAACGAAUUUACUUCAAAUGGUACAAAUAAAGAUACCAUAGAAGCAUUGCAUAAAUUAGUUUCUGAUAUUGACGAAGAAGAUUUUAAAUACGUUGUUAUAGUAUCAGGUAGAUUGUUCUACCCUUUGUUAACCCAUAUUUUGGAGAAUGAAAUGAUAGGUGGUAAUUUAUUGAUGGACAUAAUAGACAAAUUUAUUGCAUUCAAAAUCGUUCCAGAUCUAGAAUCAAAUUCUAUUAAAAAGCUUGAAAAAGAUGAGGAUUUCUUUAGCCUUGAGGAAAAUACAAUUAAAUCUCUUGAUGAAACAAAACCUAACGACAAUGAAGAAAAACCGAAAGUUAUUACUAGUCAAGAAGUGACAGAUGAUUCGAUAAAAGAGGACGAUAUUGUUGAUGAUACAAGCAAUCAAAUAGAGAGUAAAAAUGAACCAAAAGUAGAGAAUGAAAGUAAAGAAACCAAAGUUGAAACAGAAUCAAAAGAACUCAAAAUAGGUACUGCAUCAAAUGAAAAUAAUGACGAUGUCAAAUUGGAUUUGGCAGUUACAGAGAAAAACAAUAAGGGCCUUGUUAAGAAUAUCUUGGACUUUAAAGUUCAAAUCCAAAAGUUUAAAAAUGCUACUUCUUCCUUUUCUAUGGAUAAUUUACAAGUAUCUUUACCAAGUGUAUCAAUUUAUACAUUUCAUAACACACAGAAAAAUAUGACGUCACUCGAAUUCAGUAAUAAUUACAAAUUAGCUGCAUCGGGAUUUCAGGAUAGUUAUAUUAAAAUUUGGUCACUGGAUGGGUAUCCCUUAUCAGAGAACGACGAAAUGCCAAAUAAUCCUAUUUCAUCUACUUGUAAAACAUUUAUAGGUCACAGUGGUACAGUUUAUUCCACAAGCUUUAGCGCUGGUGAUGAAUAUUUGUUAUCGGCAUCCGAGGAUAAAACAGUGCGAUUAUGGUCAGUUCAAGAUGAUAAGCCAUUAGUGAGCUAUAAAGGUCAUGAGAAGCCAGUAUGGGAUGUGGAAUUUUCCCCUAGUUGUAAUAAUUUGUUCGCAACGGCAUCUAACGACCAAACUGCUAGGCUGUGGUCUUGUGAUCGUGUCUAUCCAUUAAGAGUGAUGGCUGGUCAUUUGAAUGAUGUUGACUGUGUUAGCUUUCAUUCAAAUGGUCGUUAUAUUUUUACAGGAUCUAGUGAUAAAACGGUAAGAAUGUGGGAUAUUAAUACAGGUGAUUCAGUUCGUUUAUUUAUGGGUCAUAAUUCCACUGUGACUUCUCUUUCUGUUUCUCCUGAUGGUAAAUGGAUUUCUACAGGUAGCGACGAUGGUAUAAUUACUAUUUGGGAUAUCGGCAGUGGAAGAAAAUUAAAAAAUAUGCGUGGUCAUGGUAAAAGUUCUAUCCAUUCAUUAUCUUAUAACCCAGAAGGUACAUUAUUAGUUAGUGGUGGGGCAGAUCAGUCAGUAAGAGUUUGGGAUUUGAACAAAGGAACGUUUGAGCCUAGUCUGACACCCGAAGAGGUUUAUCAAGGUCCAAUGGGUAAUGAUAAUGUUUCUUCUAUGAACCAAGAUAUAAAAGAAUAUGGUAGAAGAAGAACUGUGAUCGCAACAAAUGAUUUGUUGGCUUCCUUCUUCACCAAAAAAACGCCAGUCUUUAAGGUUAAAUUUACUACUUCAAACUUUUUACUUGCUGGUGGUGCAUCAUUCUCAGAAUAG